GAAUAUUGAUGAAGCUUAAUCUGUGGGGAAACAUGCUUCCUCUACCUACUGUUUUUGUUUUGGUUUGUUUCAUUUUAUAUAUAUUCCUCAAUUUACCCACCGUCCAAGCCCAGUUUUUAUCCACACCUAGGGCAGGACAAGGCUUGCUGCUCUUCACCCAGCCAUCCUAUAAUGCUUCAAUCUUCGAGAACUCGGCAGUAAGAACCUAUAUCAGAAGUGAGGUAAAAAUGGGCAUCACUCUUGUGCCAUCCUGGCCUUUAGACUUGAAAUAUUCAAUUGAGUCUGGAGACAAUGAUGGCAUCUUUCAAGCGGAGGAGUUUGUAAUGGGGGAUUUUUGUUUCCUACGUAUAAGCACUAAUGGAGGCAGCGGUGCCACGCUGAAUCGGGAGGUACAGGACAAUUACACCCUGGCAGUCAAGGCGUCUGCCCAUAAUGGCUUGGAGGCCUUAGCCACAAUAUUUAUUCGGGUCUUGGAUACAAAUGACCUCCGACCACUCUUUUCUCCAACCUUCUAUUCAUUUGUUGUUUCUGAAAGUGCACCCCUGGGCACCAGCAUUGGACGGGUAACAGCCACAGAUGCUGACAUUGGCUCCAAUGGGGAGUUUUACUACUUCUUCAAGAACAGAAUAGAGCUAUUUGCUGUUCAUCCAACCAGUGGGGUCAUAACCCUCACAGGCCGACCCAGAAUGGACAAAAAGGAAAAAUUUGAGCUGGAGGUGCAGGUGGUUGACAGAGGCAUGAAACUCUAUGGAAAUAAUGGCGUCAGCAGCACUGCUAGGCUGAUUAUAAGUGUGGAUAGGGUUAAUGAAUUUGCUCCUGUUCUCAGCGCAGUAGCAGUUGUUCCAUCAGUGCAAGAUAAGGACCUCAUCUAUGCCAUACUGACUGUUGAGGAUAAAGAUGAGGGGUUAUCUGGGCACAUAGAGUGGGUUUCCAUUAUUGAGGGAGACCCUUUUGAACAGUUUGUUAUUGAGAGAUCAGCUUUUUGGAAUAAAUAUAGGGUUAAAUCAUCAGAGCUCAUUAACUGGGAAACAUAUCCUUAUGGCUGCAAUUUAACUUUCCAGGCCAAAGACAGAGGUAUACCUCCAAAAUAUUCGAAUACUCAGGUUGUUCAGUUGGUGGUUACAAAGCAGGACCCCAUAAUGGCAAACUUUGAGAAGGAUGUUUAUGCAGUCAAGGUGAGUGAAAUAGCUCCCCCAAGCACUAUUGUAGAGGUGGUGAAAAUUUCCCCAUCUCCUCUGAGUGUCAAUUACAGUUUCAGGAGCCUCUCAGAUCCAAUGUACUUUGAUAUAAACCCUUUGACUGGAGUUAUUACAACCAUAAGGCAGCUGACAAAGCUAUCCCAGGAUUUCAUGGAGAUGGAGAUAGUUGAUUUUAUCAGUCAGCAACAAGCAAGGGUUCAAAUUAGCAUAGAGGAUGCAAAUGAUAAUUCUCCACUUUUCAGCCAGCCGUCCUAUGAUGUUGCAAUUAAUGAGAGCUUACCCAUAGGGACUGUUGUUUUAGUGGUAUCCGCUUCGGACAGUGAUAAAGCAGAAAAUGGAUACGUAACUCACACAAUCAAUGGUGAGGAGUCUAUUCCGUUUAGUAUAGAGCAGGAGACAGGGGAGCUGAGGAUCACCAGAGAUCUGGACUUUGAGUCUUCAGAGGAUAUCUAUAGUUUUGCAGUGAGAGCCUCUGACUGGGGUUCACCCUACAGAAGAGAAACAGAGGUUAAUGUCACUAUUCGAGUGGUAAACAUCAAUGAUAACAAGCCUGCUUUUGAAAAGAUUUCCUGCAGAGGCAUGAUAAGCCGUGAUUUUCCAGUCAACCAGACUAUUGUCACUUUGUCAGCCAUAGAUAUUGAUGAGUUUGAAAUGGUGAGGUACAAGAUACUGUCUGGUAACGACUUAGACAAAUUUGAAUUAAAUCCUGACUCGGGGGCGUUGACGCUGAAAAGAUCAUUUGUAUCAGACAUUUUAAAAAAUUCUGUGUUUAACCUGAAAGUGGCUGCAACGGAUGGAGAGAUGUUCUCUGAUCCUACAUUUGUGAAUAUAUCAGUGGUGAGAGGUAGAAUGUCACCCGGUGGGUUCACCUGCAAGGAAACCAGGGUUGCUCAGUUUCUCGCAGAGAAAAUGGUCUCCAAAGCAUCUGCAAUGGCAAAACCAAGAUCAGAUGAAAGAUACAUAGACCUUUUCUCUACAAACAAACAAGCUCCACAGUUUGAAGCUUUGCCUACAAGCAUUCUCGUGAGGGAGGAUCUGAGUCCUGGCUCCAGCGUUUUUCAGGUGCGGGCACGAGAUGGUGACAUCGGUUUUAAUGGUCGUGUUCUUUUUUCCAUUUAUGAUGGCAACAAAGAAAACAGCUUCAAUAUCAACAUGGAGAGUGGCCUGAUAACUGUUUUGCUGCCACUUGAUCGUGAGCGACAGGACCGCUAUUUCCUAAAUAUUACCAUCUAUGAUGAGGGAAUUCCUCCGAUGUCCAACUGGAGACUGCUGACAGUGAUCAUCGAGGAUGCAAAUGACAAUAAUCCCCAAUUCUAUCAGGACAACUACUCUGCCGUUGUUUCAGAAAACACAGACCUUGGCACGGAAGUUAUUAAAAUUACUGCUUUUGACAGGGAUAUAGGCCAGAAUGGACAAUUCUCGUUUAGAAUGCUGACUGGUGUCCCUCAGUUUGGUAUUGACAGUGAAACUGGAAGUGUAUUUGUUGCAAGUCAGCUGGACAGAGAAGCACACCCUGUAUUCAUAUUGAAGAUUGAAGUGAGAGACAAGGCUGAAAGAGGCACUCGAAGGUCAUCAGUGACUACUUUAAGCCUAAUAGUGGAGGACAUCAAUGAUUGUUCUCCAGCUUUCAUUCCCAGCAGCUAUAGUGCCCGGGUACCUGAGGACCUGCCCCCAGGGACUGUGAUUACCUGGGUGCAGGCGCAGGACCCAGAUGUUGGACCUGGUGGACAAGUCCGAUAUUCCUUGAUCAAUGACUUCAAUGGCACUUUCGAGAUCAGUGCUGUAACUGGUAUACUGAGGAUUAGCCGGGAGCUGGACUUUGAGACAAAACAGUUCUAUAACCUGACCGUUCUUGCGGAAGACAGAGGAAUACCAAGCCUUCGGAGCAUCACAUUCGUGGAGAUUGAGGUGGCGGACGUCAAUGAAAAUUUGUAUGCCCCCUACUUCCUUAACUUUGCUGUGAAAGGUUCAGUGAGGGAGAACUCUCGCACAGGAACAAGUGUCCUGAUAGUCAGGGCUAAAGACGAUGACAGGGGACGAGAUGGCGUGUUGAGAUACUCAAUCCAUGGAGGCAGCGGACUGGGCACUUUCACCAUUGACGAAGACACAGGGGUGAUUUAUACUACUGGCAACUUGGAUUGUGAGACCAAAAACUCCUACUGGCUCACUGUGUAUGCCAGAGAUAGAGGGGUUGCUCCCAUGUCAGCUUCAGUUGAAGUCUUCAUUCAGAUUGAAGAUGUCAAUGACAAUGCUCCGCUCACCUCAGACCCCAUUUACCACCCAAUCAUCAAGGAGAACUCUCCGAAGGAUGUGUCAGUCAUUCGUAUUCAAGCACAGGACCCUGACCUUACAGAAGCACCCACCCGUCUGAGUUACCGCAUCUCUGCUGGGAACCCACAGAAUUUCUUCUCUAUUAACCCAAAAACCGGUCUGAUUACAACCACUGCAAGAAAACUGGACAGAGAACAUCAGACCGAGCACUUUUUAGAGGUUACUGUAAUUGACGGCCCGGUGACGACCCGCCAGUCAACCGUUUGGGUCAUAGUCCACAUCGAGGAUGAAAACGACAAUGUACCCACCUUCCCGGAGGUCACUUACCGCAUCAACUUACCCGAACGGGACCGAAACAAACGGGGUGAACCUGUCUAUCGAGUUUUUGCCUACGACCGUGACUUGGGAGCUAAUGGUAACAUCACAUACAGCAUUAUUGAUGGGAAUGGGGAUGAAAAGUUCAGUAUCGACCCCAGGACCGGUAUGGUGUCCUCAAAGAUGAUGGCCUCAGCAGGCAGCUAUGACAUCCUCACUAUAAAAGCUGAGGACAGUGGUAUUCCACCAUUAUGGUCUACUGUCAAACUCCACGUUGAAUGGAUUCGCAAGCCUGUCCCCUCAUCUAUACCCCUGCUCUUCACCCAGAGGUCCUACAAUUUCUCAAUUGCAGAGACAACUCCAGUUGCCCAGCCGGUGGGAGUGGUGGCUAUCAGCCAGUCGACCACAACUGUCUGGUUUAGUAUCGUUGGUGGGAGCUUUGACAUGCAGUUUGACCUUCAAGUUGGGGUUGGGACCCUUGUUGUGGCCAAGCCCCUGGAUGCAGAAGUUCAGUCAGUGUACAACAUGACUGUACAGGUGACAGAUGGGACCAACUUUGCAACAGCACAGGUAUUUAUAAGAGUACAAGACAGCAACGACAACCCUCCGGUCUUCUCACAGCCGGCGUAUGAUGUCAGUGUUUCCGAGGAUGCGCCAUCUGAUUUUGAGCUGCUGCGGCUCAGAGCAUCAGACAUGGAUGAGCGUUCCCGUUUAAGCUUUUCAAUCUACGGCAGCGUCGAUCCUGCGAGUAUGAGGCUAUUCAGGGUCAAUCCUGGCACGGGGGCUGUUUAUACUGCAGACAGACUGGACUAUGAGGCCAGAACUCAGCAUAUCCUUACUAUUAUGGUUAAGGAUCAGGAGUUUCCUUUUAAUCGUGACCUGACCCGCAUCCUGGUUGCAGUGGAGGACACAAAUGAUAAUGUCCCUUACUUUACAAGCACUGUAUAUGAUGCUACAGCCUAUGAGACGUUUCCUGUAGGUACCUCUGUGGUACAGGUGACAGCAUUAGACAAAGACAAUGGAAUUAAUGGUCAACUCACAUAUACUAUGGAAGCAGGUAACACAGGGGGUGUGUUUGCCAUAAAUAAUACCACAGGCCUCAUCUUCACUGCAAAGGACCUGGACCUCACGUCUUUGGGCUUCUAUACCCUCACUGUGCGGGCCAUGGACAGCGGCUUUCCUCCAUUAAUGGCCACAGCUUCUGUCCGCAUUUCCCUGAUACUCUCCGACUUCUCCAAACCUAAAUUCUCUCAAAAGGAGUAUCAGGCCGAGAUAAUGGAGAACAGCAAAAUAGGAACAUACGUGACCACCAUCAGUGCCCUCAGCCGCUCGCCGCUCAUUUAUGACAUCAUUAGAGGCAACGAGGAGCGCUGCUUCUUUAUCAACCAUCACACCGGUGUAAUUACUACUCGCAAGCCGCUCGACUUUGAGCAAAUAACAUCCUACUUUCUGAUGGUGCGUGCCCAGAGUAUGGCAGGAGUGGAGGCCAGCAUCAGUGUCAUCAUCCAAGUGGUGGAUGUCAACGAUAACCCACCAGAAUUUCAGCAAAUCAGGUAUAUGGGCACAGUUAGUGAAGCUGCUCCAAUCAACAGUGUGGUCCUGAGAGAUGACGGUAACCCCUUGGUAAUCCAGGCCACAGAUAAGGAUCGCAAUCACAAUGCCCUGUUAGUGUUCCAGAUCAUAGAAGAGACCGCUCGUAUGUUUUUUAGUGUGGACUCUGGGACAGGAUCAAUUCGAAUCAUUGCCAGUUUGGACUUUGAAACCUUUCCAGAGUUCAACUUUCGUGUUUACGUUCAAGACAGUGGUCAACCAUCUAGGAGUGCAGAAAGUCCUGCAGAGGUGACAAUAAAGGUGAUCAACAUCAAUGACUCGCCCCCAAAGUUUUCUCAGGACACUUACGAAACAGUCCUUCUGCUUCCGACAUAUGUGGGAGUCGAAGUCCUCCGGGUGGAGGCUUUAGACCCUGAUAUUACUGCUGACCAAGAACAAUCUCUCACACCCAAGCUAGCCUAUUCCCUAGUGGACAACAGUGUGGAGUACUUUAUCGUGCAGCGCUAUACUGGAGUUGUGACUGUCACCAACCCAAACCUCAGCAAAGAUCGUUAUCGCUUCAGUGUGAAAGUCUGGGAUGGGCGUUUUUCCAGCGUGGUAUCCAUCACCGUGCUUGUGAGAGAAGCUGUAGACAGCGGCCUUCUCUUCACUCGCCCCAUGUAUUCUUCCUCCAUCCCAGAGAACAAACCCAAUGUCACAUUAGUGACUGUUGUAAACACAGUCGGCCAUCGCCUCAAUGAGCCACUGAAGUACACUCUGCUAAACGCUGGAGGACGGUUCACCAUCCGGUCUACGUGUGGAGUGGUGCUCACUACUGGUGUGCCUUUUGACCGUGAGGAAAUAGGAAGCUACGAGCUGGUGGUGGAAGUCAGCAGAGAAGACGAGAUUCUAAGGGUGGCGAGGGUGACAGUGCAAGUACAGGUGGAAGAUAUUAAUGACAAUGCUCCAGAGUUUGUGAAUCUCCCCUACUACGCUGCAGUGCAGGUGGAAGCAGAACCAGGGUCAACCAUCUUCAAAGUCUCUGCUGCUGAUCAAGACUUUGAUCUGAAUGGAGAAGUAACUUACAGCAUGAAGACACAGCACAGAAACUUUGAGGUGAAUCCCAUGACAGGAGAACUGGUCUUAAAAAGAGCUUUUGAAGCAGACCUAUCUAAUGCAGAGUACAGGUUGGCUAUCAUUGCGACUGAUGGUGGAUCCCCUCGACUCUCCAGUGAGGUGGAGCUGCCUGUUACAGUUGUAAACAAAGCCAUGCCUGUGUUUGACAAACCGUUCUAUGGUAUAACAGUCAGAGAGGAUGUAGAAGUUUCCUCCUCUGUUUUGGGCAUCAAUGCAAGCAGCCCAGAGGGCCAGGACAUCAUCUUCACCAUCACAGACGGAGACCCUUCCUUUCAGUUUGACAUCGGCUUCGAUACAGGAAUCAUCAGUGUGAGAUACCCAUUAGACUAUGAGACCAUGCAGUACUACCGCCUAACAGUGAAAGCUACCGAUACCUUAACAGGGGCAAAGUCUGAGGUCGAUGUAGACAUCGUUAUACUAGAUGUGAAUGACAACCCCCCACUUUUUCAGAACACCUCAUACUCUGCCAUCCUAUCUGAGAAUUCAAUGAUCGGAACAUCUGUGCUACAGGUCUUUGCACCAGACCAGGACACGGAGACGAAUGCGGUAGUGACUUACCAGAUCCUGUCUGACAUCUACAAUAGCACAGACUACUUCCAAAUUGACAGCAGCAGGGGAUUAGUAUUCACAUCACGCAUGCUUGACUAUGAGCUCAUGCAGCGCCACAACUUCAUUGUCAGGGCAACAGACAGUGGAGAUCCUGCCCUCAGCACUGAUGUUAGUGUCACUGUGGUUGUAACUGACACAAACGACAACCCCCCUAAUUUCAGCCAAGCGGUGUACGAGGCUUUUGUCAGUGACCUGGCUCCCAGAGGGCACUUUGUGACUUGCCUUCAGGCAUCAGAUGCUGACAUCUGUGAUGCUCAGAGGCUGAGGUAUAGUAUUCUCUCAGGGAAUGAGAAAAUGACUUUCAUGAUGGAGCCAGAUACAGGGGUGCUUCGUCUGUCUAACAAGAGGAGACAAGGCAUGAAACUCUUCUAUCAACUCAAUGUGUCUGUGUCAGAUGGAGUCUUCACCAACACCGCUCAGGUAAUCCUACAUGUCCUGGGAGCCAAUCUAUACAGCCCGGUAUUCAGCCAGAGGUUUUACCUGGCUGAAGUUAUGGAAAAUUCGCCUCCAGGAACUAAAGUCAUUGAAGUUUCUGCAACAGAUGAGGACUCUGGGUUGAAUGGUCAGAUCACCUACUCGUUUAUCAAUGACCUGGGGAAAACUAAGUUCAACAUUGAUGCAGAUGGGGUCAUAUCCACUCUUCAGAGAUUAGACCGAGAAAAUCCUAAGAACAAAGACAUCGUGCUCACAGUAAUGGCCUUGGAUGGGGGAGGCCGUGCAUCAUUUUGCACUGUGCGAGUGGUCCUGGCAGAUGAAAAUGACAAUGCCCCACAGUUCAGAGCCAUGGAGUACCGCAUGAGCAUUAAAUCUAAUGUCGCCAAAGGUUCUCUUGUGACACAGAUUCAGGCCACUGACCCUGAUGCUGGCUCUAAUGGAAGGAUAACAUACUCCCUUUACAGUGAGGCCCGUCUGUCACUGGUUGAUGUUCUGGAGGUGGAGCCAGACAGUGGUUGGAUGAUGACUAAAAGUGCUGUUGACCACCUUCAAGGAACUGUCCUGUCUUUCUUCGUCAAAGCCACAGACUGCGGCUCUGCUCCCAAGCACUCCUUGGUGUCAGCCUUCAUUCAAGUCGUCCCCCCAGAUUCAUUUAUCCCCUCGUUCAGCCAGCCUCAGUAUUCAUUCACCAUCCCUGAGAACACUGCAGUGGGAACAGUGCUGGGCUCUGUGUACAUAGGUCCUGGUCAGACAGGAUUCUUCACUGCUGUUCCCGGAGAGACAACCGACAGCAACCUGGGGGCAACCUUCCAAGUGGAAAAAGAAACAGGUCUCAUUCGUUUGCUGAACCCAUUAGACUAUGAGGAGGUCAGCAGCUUCAGGUUUAAGGUUGCAACAACAGCAAGAAAAGACUUGAUCGAGACCGUUUCAACUGUAGACCUAGAAGUAAAGAUCCUUGAUGUGAAUGACAACAAGCCAGUGUUUGAAACCAAUACAUAUGUAGCAACAGUGAUGGAAGGAAUGCCAUCAGGGACAAGAGUAAUUCAAGUGCGUGCUCUUGAUCCAGACUGGGGCUCUAAUGGACAGGUAACUUACAGCCUUGGGCUACUGCUCACCUACAAUCCGGACCUAACAAAGGACACUUUGUCCCUCGCUGGCCCAGUCACCACCAGUUCUAUUUUUGCCAUUGAUAGUAAAACAGGCUGGAUCACCACAGUGGCUCAGAUCGACCAUGAGGCCUGCUCGAGUUACAGCUUUGAAGUAGUGGCCUCCGAUCUUGCUGAGUCACAGCCUCUUUCCUCCACCACUGUGGUAACCAUCACCGUUUUGGACGUUAAUGACAACCCGCCAAGGUCCGAGAGGGAGUUUUACAGAGGUGCCGUGAAGGAGAGUGACCCGCUCGGUGAAGUUGUGGCUGUUCUGAGAACCAAAGACCUAGAUGGCACCGAUCAAAACCGCCUUGUUAGCUUUUACAUCACAGGGGGAAAUCAGCGAGGAGUGUUUGGCCUCACUCUGGUGCAGGGGGAGUGGAAGGUUUAUGUCAGUGGUCUGCUGGAUCGUGAGCAGCAAGACUGGUAUUUGCUCAACAUCACAGCCAGUGAUGGCCUGUAUGUCGCUCAUACAGCAGUGGAGGUAACCGUGAUAGAUGCCAAUGACAACAGUCCCAUCUGCAGCCAGGCUGUGUAUGGCGCCUCUUUUCCUGAGGACAUUCCAAUUAACAAGGGCAUUCUGACGGUUGGUGCAACAGAUGCUGACUCAGGUUCCAGUGCUGAGAUCCAGUAUUCACUAUUUGGCAUUGGCGUGGAAGAUUUCUAUAUGGAUGCCAACACUGGUGAAUUACGCACCGCCACCAUGAUGGACAGAGAAACAACACCCUCCUACAAACUCAUUGCUCAGGCUACUGACGGGGGAGGAUUGUUCUGCCGGUCUGAAAUUUCUCUCAAAGUGUUUGAUGUGAAUGACAAUGCCCCCUCGUUCUCGACAACUCAUUACCUGGCGAGUGUGUAUGAGAGUGCCUCCCCCAAGGCCUUACUUACUCGGCUGCAAGCUAGUGACCCUGAUGAAGGUCUUAACCGUACAGUUGUAUAUUCUCUGGUGGAUUCAUUCGAUGGGAUAUUUUCCAUUGAUCCUGUUACUGGAAUAGUGAUCCUGGAGAAAUUCCUGGACAGAGAGAGCCGAGACUCCUAUCGUGUCCGUGUUCAGGCUACUGAUCGGGUUGGUCAACAGGGGGCACUAUCCUCACAGGUUGAUUUGACUAUUUUGGUCCUGGAUGUGAAUGACAAUGCUCCAGUUUUCCAGAGGAGAGACUAUGCUGUUACUGUCCCUGAGGAUGUCGCCAUGGGAACCGAGGUGCUGCGCAUUUUGGCAACGAGCGCUGACAUUGGACCCAAUGCUGAGAUUACUUACAGCAUCAGGUCGGGCAACGAGUUGGGAAAGUUCAGCAUCGACAGAAAACUGGGCUCAAUUUCAGUGGCUGAUGACUUGGACUUUGAGGUAUGUAAGGACUACUACAUCACUGUCGAGGCCUGGGACAAUGGAAAUCCUCCACUUAGCACUGCUACGAUGAUUGUCAUUGAACUCAUGGAUGUCAACGACAAUGCUCCAAUGUUUGAUCAGGACAUCUACAACGUUCUGAUCAGCGAGGAUGCAUCUAUUGGGCAGACAGUUACCAGGGUGUUUGCAGAGGAUCUUGACAGCCAAGUGAACGGACGAAUUACCUACUCAAUUCUGAAAGGUGAUCGAACCAACCACUUCUGGAUUGAUCCUGUGACAGGAUUGCUUAAAGUCAAUAAGAGACUUGACAGAGAAGUAGUAUCUAGGUACACUUUAUCUGUACAGGCGUUUGACAGUGGCUCUCCUGCCAUGUCCUCCACCGUCGCUGUUAACAUUGACAUCUCUGAUGUUAACGACAACCCCCCCAUCUUCACUCCUCCCAACUCCACAGCCAUUAUACAGCUCAACCAGGCCACUGGCACCACCCUGCUGACAUUGUCAGUCAGUGAUAAAGACUCCCCUAGAAAUGGUGCUCCGUUUGUGUUUCGCAUAGUGGCAGGAAAUGAAGGUAGCUUCUUCCGUUUGGACCAGACUGGAUCUCUAAAGUCCAACCGUGUGUUUGGUCCUGAAGCACCCAGAGAAUUCAUACUUGAAAUUCAGGCAAGUGACUCGGGUAAGCCGAGUCUUACCUCUUCUUCCUGGGUUUUUCUGAGAGUCAUCGGUAACAGUCAGUACAAGCCUGUUGUAUCCCCCCUGGAGAUCUACAUAGUCAUGUCAACGGAUACUUUUCCGGGAGGUCAGAUCGGCCAGAUCUAUGCCACAGACCGUGACCCCAAUGAUGUCCUGUCAUUUACCCAUAAGCCUCAGCCAAAGAGCAUGUUUAAGAUCAACAGACAAGAUGGCAGCAUUGUUGCUCUGCCAGGCUUGGAACCCGGGAGAUACCAGAUGAAUGCAACAGUCAGUGAUGGGCGAUUUGGUGUCAUAGCUGACGUGUCAGUCCAUGUUGAACAGGUUACAGAUGUUUUGCUGCGUAGCGCCCUUACCUUGCGUUUGAGCUCAAUCUCAUGGGAGGAAUUGCUAGGACGGUACCUGAACCAGAUUAAAAUAACUUUACGGGCAAUAGCUGGCUGGAAAUGGUUACCAGGGCAGCCAGAUCCUCUUCACAUACUUGGCCUGCAGCCAGUAACAGGGACAUCGGACAUCAAUCUGGUCCUGGCAGUGGAGAGGCCCGAGACGUUAGGCAGUGGCCGGAUGGAGGGGUUCUACUCUAAGCAGGAGUUGGCAGGAAAGCUGGAGGAAGCAGCAGCACGGGGUCAGAUGCGAGGUGCCCUCGCUGGAACAGCUUUGGUCGGCAGCACCUGUUCUGGGAAGUUGGAUUGUGGGGACCGGGUGUGUAAAAACAUACUGGUGAUGGAGGGUGGUUUGCCUGUUACCUACAACACAGAAAGGAUCAGCUUGGUAUUGCCGAGGUUUGGACGCACAGAGACCUGCACCUGCCCAGCAGGAGGGACGUGCCCAACCCCUGUAGAACUUUGUGAAGGUCAGUCCUGUCCAGACGAUAUGCAGUGUGUCCUUUCUGGUCCAACAACGCCAUCUGUCUGCCAGUGUCAGCCAGAGAGAUUGGAUGAGUGUGCAGGACAGACCUCUCUGAGUUUCUCUGGAAACAGCUACAUCAAGUACAGAGUGACAGAGAGGGUCCAGAGUGGAGAGAUGAGACUUGGCCUCAGGGUUAGAACACUCCAAACAAGAGGAGUCAUUAUGUUCACUCGUGUUAACCCUUGCACUAUGCUAAAGAUUGAAGGGGGUCGACUGUGGUUCCAGUUGGACUGUGACAACACCCUUGGCAUUAUGGGCAUUUCAGACAGACCAAUAAAUGAUGGUUUCUGGCAUUCAGUUGCUUUAGAGCUGACUAGAAACUACACCCUUCUGUCAGUGGAUGACAGUUAUGUGGAACGCCGCAGAGCAGCACGGGCCCCUGUCCGUCUCUGGCCACUAGCUCCUGAUUCCUCGUUUUUCUUCGGUGCACAAGUGAGGUUGCUGAACGGGCCAGGUGAGAGGCUUGUCUUUGGACCUGAGGAAAGCAUGGGAGGAGGGUCAGAACUCGGAGAGCGUUCAGUGAGGGGCCCCGCGAGAGCCCAGGAUGGCUUCCAAGGUUGCCUGGGGUCACUGAUGCUGAACGGUAACGAGCUGCCACUCCAAAAUAAGAGGAGCCGUUACGCUGAGAUAGCCGGGCUCAGCGAGGUCAAGCUGGGCUGUGUUCUUUAUCCAGAUCCGUGCAUUAGCCAGCCAUGUCUCAAUGGAGCCAUCUGCAGCAGCCUGCCAUAUGGAGGCUUCAUGUGCAGUUGCAGCAGUGGAUUCACUGGGGGGCGAUGUGAAGUUGAACUAACAUCCUGCAUGUCAAACCCAUGCCAGAAUGGAGGAGAAUGUAAGGCUGUUGGCAAUGCAUUCCACUGUGCCUGUCCGACAGGACUCGGGGGACUUAUAUGCGACGUGGAUGUAAAUGAGUGUGACCAGGAAAACUGUGGAAACAGAGGAGAGUGUGUCAACACGUUCGGUUCGUUCUAUUGCAACUGCUCAGAUGGAUACGAGGACCAGCUUUGCGAUGAUCAGGUCCCUGAGGAUGACACGCAGGCUGAGCCACUAUCUUAUGUUGGACCGGGGGAAAUAAUAGGCAUCGGAGUGCUUGCCUUUGUCAUCAUUUUCCUCCUCAUACUCUUCGUCGCCUUCAGGAGGAAAAUAAAAUUCCGGAAAGAGUCCGACCCUGGUCCAGGAACUCAGGCUGCUGUGAGCAUCUCGGCUGUUUCCACAGAAGCUAGCUACAUGCUACACAAGACUGGAAUGAGGGGCGAGGGGAUCGAGUUCAAAGCAGUGCGUGUGCCAGGCUCACCGGCAACCACGGGUACCUAUGGUGAGGUGGGAGGCUGCAGCGGAGGUCCUCCCCAGGUCAUGGUGCGUCCUACGGCCCACUCCAUCCUCCCAGGAACAGACAGGACCACUUCCAGUGAAAGCAGUCAGAUGAGCAGCUUCCUCUCAGACGUGUCUAAUGUCCGAGGUAUGGCCAACAGGAGAGGCAUUGCAGUGUGCAGCGUGGCACCCAAUCUCCCCUCAACGUUGGCCCGUCGCCCAGAGCACAGUCCAGCCCACAAAGUGUCAUGGCAGGGCAAAGAAACCAGAGAGAAAGGCCUGGAGAGGGACAGAGACGAGAGGGAGGAGGAGUGGGGACAGAGGGCUUUUGAGCUGGAGAGAACCCAGAGGGCUAACAGUCCACAGGAGCUGGUGGAGGAGGAAGCGGCAUGUCUCUCAGACUCCACCUCUGAAGAGCGCUCCAUCAGUUCCUACACCUCUGAGUCCCUUGAUGACAAUGCAUCCAUAGUCACCGUCAUACGUCUAGUCAAUGAUGCUGUUGAUGAUAUUGAAAGUGAAGUGUCAAACAUGGACAAAGAACAGCAGUGGAACAGCCCGGCAAGGCACCUCCUACAGAACAACGAUGAGAUUUGUGUAGAGUUCGUCAAAGAGUACACUGUGGAUUCAUACCGGUGGGAGACUUCCUUUCAGAGUUUGAGCUGGCUGUCACCGUCACGGCUGCAUCCGCCUGAGGUGGGAUCCCGUUACAACCUCAGUGACGACCAGCAGAACAUCAGACGCGGAGGCAGCACACGCUCCCUCCAGCUCGACUCCAGAAUGAUGAGCUGUAAUGGUGACAGAGGCCACGAGUUGGGCCAGGAGAACAGGAGGAGGACCUUCCAGUGGGAGAGAAAUCAGUCUGGCGAGUGGGAGAGAAGACAAACUGUGCAGAGAGAAGAAAAAAGGAGACAUGAAGGGGAAGGGAAGAAGAUGGAGAUGAGAAGCAGGGAUGUAGCAGUGCACCACAGAGAACAUCUGCAGCUACAUGACCGUGACAGUGUUGAAGACACCUCCUCGCCUAUUUAUGAGGAGUACAGAGAGGAUAGCCACGACCCAAUGCCAGAUGACGACUCAGAUAGUCUCUAUGACACUUUACCCCCAACUCGACGAGCCUACGAGGGAUACCCAUCAAGCCCACCAGGCCUGAACCUUCACCCGGCUCAGCUCAUGCCCCCUUUGAGGGCAUGGGAUUUACAGGAGGAGCAAUGGAGAGGAUCACAGGAGGAUCAGGAAGGACUCGGCUCUGCCAGUCUGACCGGUUCUGGAGAUGAACUAGAAAGACUGCUGAACUUGGUGUCGCUCAGAGCUAGGAGAGCCACACGGACAAACAGAACCUCUACCGGAUCUGAGGCCACAACAAGCUGGGACGGGUGCAAAUGAACCAUUAGGCAGGCUGUUUAAAGCAUAUUUAAAGUGUUUCAUAAUAACAGAGAGGGAGUGAUUCUCUCUGACUUUCACUUUGCAUUUAUCGAACACAUCUGAUGUAGUAUCUAAAAGUAAUUGUACAAGAGUAUAAAAAACCAUAAACAUGCCUAUAUUAUGCUUAUCCUGGUGUAAACAAGCACUAAUCCACCACCAAUCCCCUGGAUCUUCGAUAAGCUGCAGGAAUCAGAGGAAAUUCCUGUGUUCUCUUGACGCCUUCACCUGUGCCGCGUGAGAGUCGGCCGCGAUUGGCUGUGAAUCAAAGCUGUUACAUUUAUUAUUUAGAGCCACUGAAGCAAUGCAUUCGAAGCCUGUCUGUUUCUUUUUUUUAUGGACGAUACCGACGUAUGUCUACGUGUUGUUGUGAGCUAUGUACAUUGUUUUUCCAUCGGAACCCACACAUGCAUGCACACAAACAGAAACAAUCACUUUGUGGACUCGGUUUGGCAUUUCUUAGAACUUUUAUUAUUUUCACUGGCACAUGCUUGGGGUUGUUUUGCAAAGAUCUGUUCACCCACGUCCUACACACAGCCUGAGAGAUGCUAUUAAUAUUACCAACGUUGAUACCUAGGGGACUUUUGCUUAAUCUUUCAAUUAUUCUAUGAAUAUUUAUUUCAUAACUACUCAUUUGUGAAAGUGUCUUUCAUGAACACACAUCAAGGAUAUAUUUUAUUAUGUAAUUUUAAUUUUUUUAAAUUCUUUCUUUGCUUUGCCUUUAAGUGUGAAAAUGUAUUUUCUCUGUCAACUGCCAUUUAAUAUGUCUGAUUUUGUAAUUAGUAUAGAGUGACUCACAAAAGCUUUCAGAAUCACCCUGAACACACCACCCUAACUGUGAAACAUGGCAGUGGCAGUAUCAUGCUGUGGAGAGGCCUUUCUUUUGCAGGGGGAGGGAAACUGCUCUGAGUUGAUGGAAAGAUGGAUUAAGCAAAAUACAAGGAAGUCCUGGAAGAAAAUAUGUUAAGAGCUGCAAAUAUGUUAGAAUGGGCAAGAAGUUCACUUUCCAGUGGUACAAUGACCUUAAACAUGCAGCCAAAGCUACAAUGAUGUGGUUAAGAUUACAGCAUAUUUAGAUUACCAUGUCACAAAGUCAAAAGCUGAAUCAAAUUUAAAAAAAAAAAAACAAGAUUGACCAUCUGACUGAGCGUGAGCUUUUUUGCAAAGAAUGAUGGGACAAAAACUUUAGUCUCUAGAUGUGCAAAGCUGGUAGAGACAUACCCCAAAAGACAAGCAGCCUUUAUUGCAGUGAUAGGUAGCUGAGUCAGAAGGACCUGAAUAUUAAAGCAUGCCAUACUUUUAUUUUAAAACUGAUUUGAAAACCAUGUGUAAUUUUCCUUCCACUUCACAACUGUGUCGAUUCAUCCCAUCAAAUACCAAUAAAACACAUUGAAAUUUCUGAUUGUAAUGUGACAAAAUAUGAAAAUGUUCAAUGUAUAUGAAUACUUUUGCAAUGCAUUGUAAAAUAUAUAUGCAUUCCUAGGACAGAUAGAAGGACAGAAGCCCACCCUUAGAGCAGGUGUUAACAUGAGAAAUGGAUUCCAAGACAUUUUGUGUUGAAAGACUCAGAGAAUGAUGUGGAAAUGCAACUGUGACAAGCAGAAUCACUCAACUCAGGAUGUCCACAUGGCUGGAGCUCUGAUAGGACAGGUUGAAUUCUGCCAUGCUCCCUAAAUACAAUAGAAAUGAACUAACUACAAGUUGAACAACACGAAUUAGAAUUUGGAGAAUUGCGGCAUAAACUAUUCCAGAGUACAGUGCGGAUUGGGAACAGGCCAGAUUAAAUAUCUUUUAUAAUUAUAGUCACUAAUGUCAAGCCCUUGCUUUAGCUGGCACUCAUGGUAUAAAGCACAGGUCCGACAGACUUGUUGGGAAAAAGGAAAACAUUUACAUGUCACUAAGAGAAACAAACAGCAAAAGACAUGCAAGGUGAAGGGUGUAAACGCAAAUCAUCCACUUUUGACAACAUGUAAUGAAAUUCAAGGGCACAGUAUUUUCCUGAAUUGAUUUGCUGAAAGAAUGCAGAGAAUCUCAAAUUGAAAGGUACUCUCCCCGAGUACGCUCCAUGAAAGUGCUCCAACAUCAGCCACUAAUGGCCACGUGUCCCAUGGCCCAUCUUAACGUGGUCAUUAUCAGUCUUAGUGUCAACGAAUGCAGCCAUGUCUCUCAGUGUGCGGCCUAUUAAUCCAUCCAUGCAUUCCAGUUACUCAUUCUUAUUCCGGUCCACCCUGUCAGAGGGCUCCUGAAGCGUGUCCCAGCUUCGCACGAGGCAACGGGCUAGGAAACAUCCCAGACAGGUCAGACUAACACAUGGACAAACACCUUCACACCUGUGGGCACUUUACAGUUUGCAGUUCACCCGGUCUGAAUGUCUACGGACAGUGGAAGAAAAAAAAUGGUAUUUGUCCUAAGGGUGAAUAAGUGCCUCAUGUUCUCGAGCAGUUUUGCUAUAUUAUAUCUCGAAGAAGACUGCGUCAGAUAAAUAAUUCCCAUAAAAUAUUUAAUCCUUUUAAGUCAGUCUUUUUGAUAUACAUCUUAUAUGUUUUUCUUUCCCCUCCCCACAAGAAUCUGGCAGAUUUGCUUAGCAAAGCUUAAGCUCGUUAAUGUCCUGUGAUGGCACGGAGGUGUAGGAACAUCGCCUAGAAUGCAUAUUCUGUGGAAUCGGUCAAACAGACAAACAAAAAAUUAUUUUGAGAACAUCUGGGGUUAUUUUAAAGGCUGUUGUGAUUGUAUCUUAGAUUGCUUUUGGCGGUAUAACAGCAUUAUUUUUUCUGCUUUAUGUCAUUUUUGUUUUCCUCUGUUUUUCUCUGAACCGGAUUUGUUUGCUGACUUGAAUAAAUGCACCAGCUUUUUGUGUAGUA